GCAGCGGGCCACCGGGCGGAGCGGCAGGCACCGGGCCCCCGGGCGGAGCGGCAGGCACCGGGCCCCCAGGGCGGGGCGUCAGGCCUCGGGCCCCCGGGCGGGGCGACAGGCCUCGGGCCCCCGGGCGGGGCGACAGGCAUCGGGCCCCCGGGCGGGGCGACAGGCAUCGGACCCCCAGGCGGAACUACAGGUCUCGGGCCCUCAGGCAGAGCGGCGGGUGCCGGACCCCCAGAUGGAGCGACAGGCCUCGGGCCCCCAGGCGGGGCGACAGGCAUCGGACCCCCAGGCGGGGCGACAGGCAUCGGGCCCCCAGGCGGAGCGGCAGGCGCCGGACCCCCAGGCGGAACUACAGGCCUCGGGCCCUCAGGCGGAGCGGCGGGCGCCGGACCCCCGGGUGGAGCGACAGGUCUCGGGCCCUCAGGCGGAGCGGCGGGCGCCGGACCCCCAGGCGGAGCGACAGGUCUCGGGCCCUCAGGCGGGAGCGGCGGGCGCCGGACCCCCAGGCGGAGCGACAGGUCUCGGGCCGUCAGGCGGAGCGGCGGGCGCCGGACCCCCAGGUGGAGCGACAGGUCUCGGGCCCUCAGGCAGAGCGGCGGGCGCCGGACCCCCAGGUGGAGCGACAGGUCUCGGGCCCUCAGGCGGAGCGGCGGGCGCCGGACCCCCAGGUGGAGCGACAGGUCUCGGGCCCUCAGGCGGAGCGGCGGGCGCCGGACCCCCAGGCGGUGCGACAGGUCUCGGGCCCUCAGGCGGAGCGACAGGUCUCGGGCCCCCAGGCGGGGCGGCGGGCGCCGGACCCCCAGG